AGCCGGCGCACGGAGAAGGGCUCGGCGUUGCCACGCGGGGAGCGCGCUCCCCGGCCCGGCCGCGGCAUGCGCGCGCUGCUCGGCCUGCUCCUGGUAUUCGGCGGCUGCACCUUCGCGCUGUACAUGCUGUCCACGCGGCUGCCCGUGGGGCCGAGGCUGGCGUCGGCCGAGGAGCCCCAAGGCCGGUCACUGUGGUUCCCCUCAGACCUAGCCGAGCUGCGGGAGCUCUCCGAAGUCCUUCGGGAGUACCGGAAGGAGCACCAGGCCUACGUGUUCCUGCUCUUCUGCAGUGCCUACCUCUACAAACAGGGCUUUGCCAUCCCUGGCUCCAGUUUCUUGAAUGUUUUGGCUGGUGCCUUGUUUGGGCCAUGGCUGGGACUUUUGCUGUGCUGUGUGCUGACAUCCGUGGGCGCCAUAUGCUGCUACCUGCUCUCCAGUGUUUUCGGCAAACAGCUGGUCAUCUCCUACUUUCCUGAUAAAGUGGCCCUGCUGCAGAGGAAGGUGGAGGAGAACAGAAACAGCCUGUUCUUUUUCCUGCUGUUCCUCAGACUCUUCCCCAUGACACCGAACUGGUUCUUGAACCUCUCGGCCCCGAUUCUGAACAUCCCCAUCGUGCAGUUUUUCUUCUCAGUGCUUAUCGGUUUGAUCCCAUACAAUUUCAUCUGCGUGCAGACAGGCUCCAUCCUGUCCACUCUCACUUCUCUGGAUGUUCUCUUCUCCUGGGAAACUGUCUUGAAGCUGUUGGCCAUUGCCCUGGUCGCUUUGGUUCCUGGAACCCUCAUCAAGAAAUUUAGCCGGAAGCACCUGGCACUGAGUGAUAGGAGCAACACCAGUCGCCUGGGUGGCAGGAAGGACUCGUGACACAGGUUCCGUGUUUACCACAGCCCUGGAUGCUGCUGCUGAUCUGUGUGAUGGUCCUUUUAAUGCCCUUACUGUGUUUUAAUUGCCCUCAGAAGGUGAUCUCAACGGUGUUCUAGUAUGCGCAGAGGCCUAUUAGAAGGGCGCUCUGCUUGAGGGUCCAGUGCCGUUUAGCAGGGUUCUGUGAAAUGGACUGCUUUCUAGAAAAUCUUGUUUUGGUUCUAUCUAGGACCAGGGGACUCAGUCUGCUGGGCUUGCCUCUUGCCGGUCCCUGAGAUGUCUUGGGAGAAGGGGGCCUUUUGGACAGGCUGUGUAGCAGUACUCCUGUUAAGUCCCUGUGGGUGUUAGUGUCACACAGAACUCCAGCCCCUGUUAGUCUCUUGAAGAGUGUCUUCUCUACCUUUUUGCUGAUGAUCUACCUCUCCAUAAGCCAAGGGACAUGUGAUGAACUGCCUAAGACUUAGACACACAGCUUGAGUGCAAUGAUUCCUGUAAUACCCCGUUCACACACUGAUGUUUCUGUCUACGUCUAAGCUCCUUGUGGUUGUAUGUCUUGAUAGUUAAGCUGAUCCAAACAUGAUUAAAUAUGAAUGGAGACAGCUUUGCAUGUUCUGAAUGUGUUCUGAGGAAAUUCUCCCCUGUCCGGAAGGCCCUGCCGUGUUUCAUCUGAGUCAAAUGGCCAUCUGUCCUUUUCUGCCUGGGAAUCCCUUCUACUGCCUCCUGCUGGGAGAGUGGCAUCAGUACAGGAGGCUGUUUGUAGCUAGAGUUUUCCUGCCUGGCCCACAGUCAGGACAAAUCUCUUACCUGCCAGUCCCACAGCCGCUCAAACCCGACCAAGUAAACACAGAGACUUAUAUUAGUUACAAACUAUAUGGCCGUGGCCUUACCCUUCCUGCUUCAGCGAUCCUCUUCAGCCAAGAGAGCUCUCUGAAAAGAAGCUACUUCCUGUGUGUAUGUCUUUAUAUAGUCUAGCUGUUCUGCUUUCUCAUUGGUUGUAAACCCAAACACAUGACUGCCUCGUCACUGCCUGUCUGUAGAGACUUCCAGGUCUUCUAUGGUUGGUAUUGAUAUUAAAGGCAUGUGUCUCCA